GAUAGCAGCGACGAGAUGUGUAUACGGGAGCAAAUAUAUCUACGAAAAGUCUGGAUAGCAUCAUGUAUCCAUGGGGAACAGAUGAAGAAGCACAGUCCGCGAAAGACACUUGGGAGAGACGAGAGAGAGAUCAGAGCUUCUCAAUCUCGUUUUGCAGCAAUGGCGAUGGCUAUGGCGACGGCGCUCUCCUCCUCUUCUUCGCCCCUCCUCUCGCGACCCCUCUUCCCUGCGACGUCCAAACUAGCUUCUCAAUCACAUUCCACUGCCCCUACUUCAUUGGCGCUAAACCAAUCGCGGUCUCAAACGGUUCACUGUGGCGCGUUCUCGAGCUCCAGCUCCGUGGUGCCACAAUCGUCGUCGCUAUGGAGGUCGCUAGCUCUGAAGGUUCCGAGAGCAGGGCGAACCGUGAGAGUGCUGGCAAUGGCGGAUUCUGCGGAUAAGAUGACCGUUCUUGUUACCGGCGCAGGAGGACGCACGGGAAGGUUAGCAUUCCAGAAGCUGAAAGAGAAGGAUGGCCAGUUUGUGGCGAGAGGUUUAGUGAGAACGGAGGAAGGGAAGGAAGCUCUCGGAGGUGACGGUGUCUUCGUUGGUGAUGUUGUUAAGCCUGAGAGCAUUGGCGCAGCAUUUGAAGGAAUUGAUGCGUUGAUAAUCCUUACCAGCGCUGUGCCUAAGCCGAAGCCUGGAUUUGAUCCUACUCAAGGCGGGCGCCCUGAGUUUUACUACGUCGAAGGCGGUUCCCCUGAGGAAGUUGACUGGAUUGGUCAGAAAGCUCAAAUUGACGCUGCGAUAGCUGCUGGUGCGAAGCAGAUUGUCUUAGUGGGAUCUAUGGGAGGAACUGAUGAAGCCAAUCCGUUGAACUCUUUGGGAAACGGCAAUAUACUGGUAUGGAAGCGGAAGGCGGAGAAGUACUUGUCUGAGUGUGGAGUGCCCUACACGAUUAUCAGAGCUGGGGGCUUGCAAGACAAAGAGGGAGGGGUUCGAGAGUUGCUGAUUGGGAAAGACGACGAGCUUUUGCAGACGCAGACCAGGACUGUCUCCAGGGCUGAUGUUGCAGAGAUGGCCAUCCAGGCGCUUUUGAUCGAGGAAGCCAAGAACAAGGCAUUGGAUUUGGCGUCAAAGCCCGAGGGAGAGGGUACUCCCACCACGGACUUCAGAUCAAUUUACGCAGGAGUCACUUCCAAAUUUUGAUUUAGAUCAUGCUGUGUUGUGCUACAGAGCACUCAACAAGGAUUGCCAAGAACGCGGAAUGAGAUUAUGGUCUAGGAAUAGCUCUAGUUGACCGUGAUUUGCGAAGGAUGCAGCCACUUUUACGGAGAAAGAUGAGCUUUCUAUCAUAUUUUUUAUGAGAGUUUUCUAUCGGGAAAUCUUGAGAUGCUUUUCUUCAACUUCAAUUGUCAACAACCGCUUUUGGUUCUAUCCAUCUGUUGAGAGCCUCCACCCUUUUGUACUUAGGAUUUAGAUUAGGUGAUCACUUGUAGAAAUAAAGGUGUUUACUAAUUAAGAGUUACUGUAGCCCUUCACUAAUUCCUGCUUUUAGACAGUUUAUCGUGCAUUGUUUCCGACGUGGCAAGGGUCUUUGUAAGCAUUCGAAGCCCUGCAUCAAUGGCAGGAUAAACAGCUGAGAGGUUGGCAGAUUCCGUAACACCUUCCAUCUCUGUGACGCUUGAUUCGAAUAAGGGUUUUCUGAACCCUCUCGAGGUUUUAGUCUCAACAUUCCUGGUGUUAUUUCCUCCGGCCGGUACCUCCAGUUGUAGCCAAUAAAUUUAAUUGUGCUUACUAAAAUUUAUAAUCA